CUGAACAGAAGGGCGUCCGAGGGGGGCAGCCUGCGGGAUGUUGAGCUGUCUUUGGCCCCCGUGCUGGGCCUGCCAGUGCAGCAGCAGCUAGUAGAAGUGGGAGGAAGUUCUCCGCCGCCCCUGGGGGCCCCCCACUUGAGGAGGGCCCCCCAUCUGUUUGGGGGCCCCCGUCGCCGGCUGCUGCAGUCUUGCCGCAGCAGCUUGCGAGCAGCAGAAGAGGCAGUCCUGGGGCCUCGGCCUGCUGCUCCCACAAUAAGGUCUCCGCAGACAGCCCGGCGGGCCCCACUGGGAGGCCCCAGAGGCCCCCUCGAGGGGCCCCCCUCCGGGGGCCCCGAGGCCCUCCUUGCCGAGGCUGGCAGUACCCUUUCAGUCAUCGUCGGACGACAGCUCCUAUUCGCGCGAGCAGCAGCAGCAGCAGCAGCAGCGGCAGCGGCAACAAAAAAGCUGCAGCAGCAGCUGCAGCACGGUGGGCGGGAGGCCCAGGCGGCGUCUGCUGCUGCGGCACAGGAGGCGCUGCACCCGCCGAGCGAGGAGCUGCAGCAGCAGCAGCAGCAGCAGCAACAGCAGCAAGCAAAAGAGGACGAAAGUGCCUAUAGUGAUUACUCGGGGGACACCGCCGGGGCUGAGUCCCGAGAUGAGGAGCAGGAGCGGCGGCAGCAGCAGCAGUUGGCGCUGCAGCGGCAGCAGCCGCAGCAGCCUGACCCUCGUGUGCUGCAGCAGAGACUACAGGAAGCAAAGCGUUUGCUGCUGGAGCUGUCUCCGCCGAGACCGACACGGCCUGCUGUGGAUGCUGCAGCAGCAGGUGCAGCAGCAGCAGCAGCAGCCGCAGGGGGGGACGAGCAGCAACUGCAGCAGCAGCAACUGCAGCAGCAGCGAAGGCAGCACCAGGGAGCUGAGGCCGUCGAGGCUUAUGCAUAUCUUGCAGGGUCGAGCCCUCGACAUCCUGCUAGGGAUAUUUCUGCUGCUGCUAGUAGUGAGCAGCCCAGGGCGUUGAUCUCAACAGUAACUGCAGCAGCAGCAAUGGCAACGGCAGCAGCAGCAGCUGCUGCUGCUGCUGUCAGGGGGGACAAUGUGCAGCAAACGGAAUCCCUGGAAGGAGCCCAAGGGAGUGUAGAGUCCGUCUUUGAAGAAACUCGGGCCGUUGCUGAGCCCCAGGGCGUAGCUGAUGCUGCUGCACCAAGCAAUAGCAGCAGCAGCAGCAGCAGCAGCAGCAACCGGAGGAAGUCUCGAGAGGCAGCUGAUGCGGGUCCCCAGGCUGCUUCGAUCAAUUUGCUUGACAACCCGCGGCGGCGCUCCUCAGCACAUCUGGAGCAGCACGAGGCGUCUCUUCCUGCUGUUGCUGCAGCAAGUGACUGGACCGACACAGCAGCAGCAGCAGCAGCAGCAGAAGAGCCAGCAGAAGCUGAAUCUGCAGCAGCAGACGCAGAGCCACCGCUGGACCCCGCAGGCGACUGGAGGGAAAAUGAUGGCAGCAACGACUUCGACGGACAGGGCGAGCCGUGGCUGCCGGAGAGCGAGGCGCUGGUGCAGCAGCAGGAGCCGGAGGAGCAGCAGCAGCUGCAGCAGCAAGAGCAGCAGCACGAACAGCAGCACCAAGAGGAGCUUGAAACGCAGAGAAAGAAAACACAAACGACAGACGCAGCUGUCUCAACCACUCCCGAUAACAGGAGAGCUUCCGAGACAACGGCGCUGGUUCCCGUGUCAGUGUCAGGGGUCACUUCAGCUGCUGCUGCUGCAGCAGAGGCAUCAGCAGCAGCAGCAGACGCAGCAGACACCCCGGCGGCCGCGGCGGCUGCCGCCUUGGGUUGGCGGCAGCUGCAGCGGGAGCAGCAGCAGCAGCAGCUGCUGCUGCUGCUGCUUCGCCA